AUGGCGUCCACAUCCACAUCCCGCAUGCUGCGGCCAAGCCUGGCAUCGUCACAAUCUGAUGCCAUCCUCUCGUUUCUCGUCCCGUCGAUACGAUGCGCGCGAUUCUCGACAUCGCCAAUACUGCAGAAGAAAGACAACAACAGCAACCGCGGUGUAUCAGCUGUCAGACAAACUGGUCUCCGCCCAAGACAGACGCUUUCCGUUAGGCAGAAGGAUUUCGCGAAUCAGCAAUUGCCGACACCCGUGAAGAUUGAGGAGAAGCCAACAGGGACACAAGACCACGGUCUCUGGGAUUUCUUCAAGGACCAGAACUUGCUUUCCACCCCCUCAGAGCUUAUGCAGCAUGGCCGAGAAUGGACAAUGGGAGAGCUUCGCAGCAAAGACUGGGACUCAUUACAUCAGCUCUGGUGGGUCUGCGUGAAGGAGCGCAACCGUCUCGCGACCGAAAAGCUGGAGCGCGCCCGUUUAAAGGCCAUAUACGGCGAUUACGAGGGCAAGGCAAGAGAUGAAGUCGUGCAGAAGACUAUGAAGGCUAUUGUGGACACACUGGCCGAGAGAACGCAAGCGUACCAAGAGGCGCUCGCACUUGCAAGCCAGGAUCCAUCUAUCGAUCUUAGCAGGACAGAUGGGCCGCAGUACACUCAGUUGCCUUACGAUCCAUUAGAACCAGAGGCGUUCGAAGAGGAAACACCCGCCGCCGACGUUGCGAAGGACAACACAAGUCAGCCGAACGAGAAACUGAACCUGAGAGCAGCUUAGAGCAAACAUGAACUCGGGACAGUCUGGCCGUGCAGAUAUGGAUGAGUGCUACCAGAUAGCAUCAGACACAGCACGGUCGAGCAGGAGAAUUUUUGCAUCUAAGAAGCACAAGACUAUGCAUACGUGGCGCGCGCAAUCAUCAAGGGGAAUGUGUCAUGGUGUAUCUAUCCAUGCCAUGGUGUUAGUAUAUCGAUGUAUUAGACAGUGUACAAUACUGGGACUGGAUCAGGGGAUUGGUUGAUACGAGGACUCGAGGAGUGUCCGUCAGAGGGCAUAAAGCAUUUGUAAAACAUCUGGCAGGGCGAGCACAUAGUUUUGAUGAAGAAGUCUGUGCUCUGGCAUAAAUGCAGACCAAGUUGUGGAU